CACUUUUCAUCUAUCGUCGUUCGUGUUCCAUAAAAGAAAGAUAAACCAAAAAACAAUGAACCUACCAAUAACAGAUCUCCAAACAAUUAGGAGAUACUCAAUCCGAAGCCACAGGAGAGACUACCGCCAAACAUUUACCUCUACCACUAGCCUCGAGGUCAAAGAUGUUCAAGAAAAACCCGAUGUCCUUAACUUGAUGCUCAAGAGCGCUGCUACAGGGGAAGCCCCAGACUACCGCUCGCUCUUUCUCACACUCCUCGACUUACUAGCAUCCUCUAGGGCUGCUCAGAAGCUGCGAUACCCAGACACUUCGAAUAAAAGCACCCAACAACGGAUCUUACUAUUUACCGAAGAAUGGCCGAAACAGCUUGACAUGAAUAGAAAUGUGUUGGGUCUUUGCAAAGACGUAGUAGUGAAAGCUCUUUCUCCAGAUGCUGAUGUCCCCGAUGAAGAUUUGUGGCGCUCCGUAUACUCCCUAUUGAGGACCUUGCACUUUUCGGUUUCGGAUCUAAAUAUAAUCGAGGAAAAUCCUCUCCAAGAUUUCUUGAUUACCUAUCGUCAACAAUUCGGGACAAACUAUCGUCAGUUCUACCUCAGAACUGCAGGGGGUGCUUCGGGGCUACAGGGGAGCUCGGAAACCUUGGACUUGCUUCUCAAGGAGGCUAUCCAGGAUAAUCAAUUCAACAACAUGUUCUCCAUAUUCCUCCAACAAAUAGCACUCACCCCGGCUAGCGCGGAGCUUCGGCACCCUAUUGGAACUGAUACGAGCGUUCGACAACGAAUACUGCUCUUUGCUGAGGAAUGGCCCCACCAGCUUGCCCCCAACAGUGAUACACCCGAUCUCUACAAGGACGCAUUGCUUAAAGCCCUUACCCCAGGCCUAGACAAGGAAUUCUGGUACUGCAUGUACAAGCUAUUGGAUUCCUUUUACUUCUCGAAGAUAGAGCUAGAGAAAAUCGAGGGGAACCCCCUCCAGGACUUCCGCAGUAAAUAUCGCCUGUUCUUCCUUGAGAAUACAGAGACUACAAUUGACCGAGUGCUAUGGGACUCCGAGGUCCUAAAGGAAAUGCUCAAGAACGCUACUGUACAUGAAUCUUCGACUGGCCGCAAACUCUUUCGUGUCUUUCUCAGCCGGUUGGCAGCCACUGAAGCUAGCCAGGAGCUACGACAUCCUCUGGGCUCAGGAACACGCGUUAAACAGCGGAUUAUGCUCCUUGCUAAUGAAUGGCCAAACCAGCUUGUUCUUAAUAACAAGGCCCUGGAUAUUUGCGCCGAUGUGCUGCUCAAAACUCUCAUCCCCGAGACCGACGUCUCAGACAGGGAGCUCUGGUAUUCCAUCUACCAUCUGCUAAACGCCUUGCACUUCUCAGAGCUAGACCUUCAAGUAAUCCGGGAGACUCCCCUCCGGGUCUUCCGGCGUAGCUAUCGUCUGUUCUUCGUCAAAAAAUCCCGGUUUACGAUGGACCAAGUUCUAGGAAGCCCAGCAACCCUGCGCUUUUUGCUCAGGGACUCCAGCUCACGAGCAACAGGUCCGGGCUCCCGCGAACUCCUCCAUGUUUUCCUCUGCCAAUUGGCCCUCACAGACGUCAGCGGGGAAUUAAAACACCCAAUCGCCUCCGACACAACUGUUGGAAAACGUAUAUUACUCUUUGCUGAGGCAUUGCCGAAAACGCUUGCCCUCGGUGGGGACGUACUCCGCCAUUGCGUUGAUGUUAUUACCAAGGCGCUAUCACCUGAUGAUGAAGUCUCGGAUACAGAAUUUUGGUACUCAAUGUAUCACCUACUGAACGCGUUCCCAGCGGAAGAAAGUCCUAGAGCAAACCGGAACAUCGCAACCAUGGCUAAGGACUAUGCAGUCAAGUAUGCAAAGGAACAUCCGUACCUGCUCGCUUUGAAUGUUGGGCUUACGGUUGUGGGGUUCGCAAUACCGCCACUCUUGGGGGCUUUGGGGUUUACGAGGGCCGGAGUUAGUGCUGGUUUGGUCCCCCGAGCUCCGUCCUUGACAUUUGAUGGGUGCAGGAUUUUCUUAUUCAUUUCAAUUUACUGA